GAACAAUUCCUCACCACGUUCCAGUGAUUUCUGAAUUACAGUACGAUACGCCCCCUCCUGUGCGCCUCCUUUUACAGCCCAUCAGUUCGCAGAUCCUGAUACUGCCAGUCACUAAUCGCGCUCAGAGUCUAGUCUGCGUCAUUUUCUACUCUUUUUAUCCCCGCCUUUGAUGAGAUAAAUACAGAGAGAUUCCUGCCUGGGAACUCGACUCGCACCUAGUCGUUCUCAGGAGCUGGACGAAGAGCUUUCCUGUCCCAUAUAUUCCUAUUCCGCUCAUACGCCGGCCACGAGAUGCUGGCUCUACGCUCCACAGCCGGAGCUGUGGCCAGAAGGGCGCGAACAGCUGCCCGACGACUUCCUGCGACCUGUGCCUGCACUCUGCCAAAGGUCACCACAGCUGUAACUCUCUCAUCUCGAAGGGACUACGCAUCUUCCUCUUCCGACAGCUUUUCCACUCGAUCGACUGUCGUGCAAUUGCUUAGCAACAUUGGUUCAAAGAGAGAGGUCCAGCAAUACCUAUCUCAUUUCAGCUCUGUUUCUUCUCAGCAGUUCGCCGUUAUUAAGGUCGGAGGCGCAAUUAUCACCGAACACCUCGAAUCUCUAACAUCUGCCCUCGCAUUCCUCAACCAUGUCGGGCUUUACCCUGUCGUUGUACACGGAGCCGGGCCGCAACUGAACAAGCUGCUAGAGGAUGCCGGCGUUGAGCCUCAUUUCGAGGAGGGAAUUCGGGUCACAGAUGGCAAGACACUGGCAGUAGCCCGAAAGCUCUUUUUGGAGGAGAACUUGAAACUGGUGGAGAAGCUGGAAGAGAUGGGUGUUCGUGCGCGGCCGAUUACAUCAGGUGUAUUCGGUGCCGAUUACCUAGACAAGGAGAAAUACGAUCUGGUGGGCAGGAUAAACAAGGUCAACAAGGGUCCCAUUGAAGCCUCGAUUAAUGCCGGAUGUCUGCCAAUCUUGACUUCAAUGGCAGAGACGCCAGAGGGUCAAGUGCUCAACGUCAAUGCCGAUGUUGCCGCUGGAGAGCUUGCCCGAGCACUCGAACCGUUGAAGAUUGUCUAUCUUUCUGAAAAGGGCGGGCUUUUCAAUGCCGACACGAACGAAAAGAUCUCUGCUAUCAACCUGGAUGAGGAAUACGAUUACUUGAUGUCACAGUGGUGGUGUCGAUAUGGCACGAGGUUAAAGAUCAAGGAGAUCAAGGAACUGCUUGAUGCGCUGCCAAGAACCUCCAGCGUCGCAAUUAUCCAUCCAGCAGAUCUGCAGAAGGAAUUGUUCACCGAUACCGGAGCCGGGACACUGAUUCGACGAGGAAACAAGUUGGCGACUGCUACGAAGCUCUCUGAUUUCGAAAAUUUGGAUAAGCUCAAGGAAGUCCUUGUUAGAGAUCGCGAAGGCCUUGACGCCAGAGCUACGGUUGACCGAUAUGUUGAGGGUCUCGAAAACCGACCUUUCAAGGCUUACUUCGACGACCCAAUGGACGCCCUGGCGGUCGUCCUACCACCGAACUCCUCGAGCUCCCUUGCCAAUCUUGCUACUUUCACAAUCACCAAAGCUGGAUGGCUGACUAACGUUGCGGAUAACGUUUUUGCGGCCAUUAAGAAGGAUCACCCAAAGCUAGUGUGGACUGUGAAGGGAGAUGAUGAGAAUCUAACCUGGUUUUUCGACAAGGCUGAAGGAAGUCUGUCCAAGGAUGGAGAGGUUAUGUUCUGGUAUGGAAUCGACAACAGCGAUGAGGUUAAGGAGCUCAUGACUGAGUUCACCAAAUACGGUCGCUCUAUGCUGGGUGAUGCCAACCUGGAAGCCCGACUCCAACGCGCAGCCAAGGCAGCAUCCGGAAUGAGUGCUUCGAUCAAGAACAGUUCGCAAGCGCGUGCCUUCUCGACCAGUGCACGUAGGCCUGUGUCGAAGACAUCCCGCGCCUUCGCUGCUUCAUCGCGUGGCUAUGCUACCACCACCAACCCCAACCCUCCCUUUGGCACCAAGAACUCUUCAAACAACCAGCCAGCUAAGGUUGCGCUGAUUGGUGCCCGAGGAUACACCGGGCAAGCACUCAUUAACCUUCUCAACGCACACCCGAACAUGGAUCUCCGUCAUGUUUCAUCACGUGAACUUGCUGGCCAGAAGUUGAAGGGAUACGAUAAGCGCGAGAUUACCUAUGAGAACUUGAGCCCUGAGGAUGUCCGCCGUAUGGAAGCAAAUGGCGAAAUUGAUUGUUGGGUUAUGGCUCUUCCAAACGGUGUCUGCAAACCUUUUGUGGAUGCAGUUGAAGAAGGCAAGGGGCCUCAAAACAGCGUUAUCGUUGAUCUCUCUGCCGAUUACCGAUUUGACAGCAAGUGGACCUACGGUCUUCCCGAGCUUGUGAACCGAUCUGAUAUCGCGAAAGCGACUCGGAUUUCCAACCCGGGCUGUUAUGCUACCGCUGCACAGCUCGGCAUAUCACCCUUGGUGCCUUUCCUCUCUGGAUCUCCUACCAUCUUCGGUGUUUCAGGUUACUCCGGCGCUGGAACAAAGCCCAGCCCAAAGAACGACGUCAAAAACCUGACAGACAACAUUAUCCCCUACAGUCUCACUGACCACAUCCACGAGCGAGAAAUCAGUUCGCAGCUUGGUGUAGAGGUAGCUUUCAUUCCCCACGUCGCGGUCUGGUUCCAAGGCAUUCACCACACUAUCAAUAUCCCAUUGAAGGAAAAAAUGACAAGCAGGGACAUUAGACAGCUAUACCAGGAGCGAUAUGCAGGUGAGCGGUUGGUGAAGGUUAUCGGGGAGCCACCAAGCGUGAAGGCUAUUAGUGGCAAGCACGGAGUCCAGAUCGGUGGGUUUGGAGUUCACAGCUCAGGAAAGAGGGUAGUGGUUUGUGCUACAAUUGAUAAUUUAUUGAAGGGGGCUGCUACACAAUGUUUACAAAACAUGAAUCUCGCUCUAGGAUUUGCAGAAUAUGAAGGUAUUCCUCUCGAUUAGAUGGAUGACGAUUGCGGGAGUUUGAAAAGUCGUUCAGUUUUCGGUCAAGCGACGAGAGCAACCAGAGCCGCGAAUAUGGUCUUGUAUAUAGGGUUACCAGGGGCGCUAC